AUGAGCCGGCGCCAACGUCAACUUUUAGGCGUAUGCCUCGGAGUUUUCCUGUUGCUUCUGCUCUUCCGAUACCAUCACACACCAAAAGCCCUUCCACCCACCUCGUCCUUGGCCCAUAAAUCCGGAGUCCAGGAUGCCACACAUGCCAAUCUGAUGGGUAAAAUCUACCCGAAUACUCGGUGGAGAAACCUGGCUGUCCGGUAUCCAGUCACCGAAUCCCAGAAUUUACGCGCGCUACCCCAGACGCUACCUAAGGUCCAGUCGGCAAGCUCCAAGGUAUUCCAGUCCACACUGGGGCGCCAAGCCAGCAGACAAUCAGCUGUCAAAGAAGCAUUCGGACGAUGUUGGAAGUCAUACCAGUCGCUAGCUUGGGCGGCGGAUGAGCUUGCACCUAUCAGUGGCACUCGCAGAAAUGAACUUGGCGGGUGGGGCGCUACACUGGUUGACAAUCUUGACACCUUGUGGAUUAUGGGGAUGCACGAUGAAUUCAAGAAGGCCGUGGCUGCGGUUGCACGUAUCAAAUUUCACAAACCCAAGUCGCCCGUGAUCAAUACGCAUAAAGUCAAUAUCCAGUUACUUGGAGGCCUUGUGGCAGCAUUCGAUCUUAGUGCUGACCCGAUACUGCUGGGAAAGGCUAUUGAACUAGGGGAUAUGCUUUACGCUGCCUUCGAUACACCCAAUAGGAUGCCCAUCAUCCAUUGGGACCCACACAGGGCUCUUCGCCGUGAAGAGCAGCUUGCAGAGGAGAGUGUUCUCAGCGGAGAGCUGGGUUCUUUCAUUUUGGAGUUCACAAGGCUAUCCCAAAUCACUGGUGAUCCGAAAUACUUCGACGCGGCCCAACGAGUCAUGGAUGUAUUCUACAGGCAACAGAAAGCCACCCAGCUUGCAGGUCUGUGGCCUGUACGGGUGAACGCUAGGGCAGAGCUUUUUGACGGCGAUGUCUUUUCAUUGGGCGCCGAAGCCAACUCUUUGUACAAGUCAUUACCUGGAGCGCACGCAUUGCUAGGUGGUCAGACGUCUAUGUAUCACAAGAUGUAUGAGAAUGUCACGCUCGCAGCUGCAGGUCACAAUGUCUUUCGACCAAUGAAUCCCGAGGGCAGAAGAGUUCUCCUCACUGGUACUGUGCGAACCACCAAGAGAGAAAAAGAGAUGCCGCGGACAUGGCUGGAGCCGCAGAUGCAUUACGGAUCUUGCUUUGUGGGUGGAAUGUUUGCCCUGGGAGGUGCACUACUCAACAUUCCCAUCCACCGAGACAUUGCACAUAGGUUGGUCGACGGCUGCAUCUGGGCACACCAAGUGUCGCCGAUGGGGAUCAUGCCCGAAGCCUUUAGUGCGGUUCCGUGUGCUUCGGAGGCAGAAUGUCCAUGGACCGAGCGCCUCUGGAAGCAAGAAGUCUGGAAAAAUGCAUACAGUCUCGAGCCGGAACGUAAGCCGUAUCUCAGCGUCGACGCUUUUAUCAAGGACCAUAACCUGCCCAAGGGCUUUACUGGCAUACGAGAUACUGUAUACAACCUACGGUCGGAAGCAAUCGAGGGCAUGUUUUUCCUAUACCGCAUUACUGGCCGUGAAGAUCUACUGGAUACAGCCUGGGACAUUUUUCAGGCAAUGCAAAAUGCCACGCAGACGCAGAAUGGCAAUGCAGCCAUCACGGAUGUUAUGGUUGAAGGCAGCCAGCCGGUUCUUGAAGACUCGAUGGAUAGCGUUUGGAUGUCACAGACGCUCAAAUAUUUUUAUCUCAUGUUCAGCUCUCCCGAACUAAUCAGUCUGGAUGAGUUUGUCUUCAAUGCUGGAGGACAUCCGUUGCGAUGGCCAAAGGCAAAAUGA